UUUUUUCAGUUAAUUUUUUAUGUUAAGUUUUGUGUUAUUGUUUUUGUUUAUUGUUAAAAUGUCUUACCGUGAAAGACGACGUUACUGUGUUUUGGGAUGCAAAGAUAUUGGUGCCUACAUGCACGCCUUUCCCCAUCCUGAAAGACGGUCAGAGAUGUUCAGAAAAUGGAUGUCAAUCAUUGGAAAAAAAGUCAAAGAAACCGAUCCAAUAAAAAUAUAUAAAAACAAGAAAGUUUGUGCCCGUCACUUCUCAUUAGAUCAAAAAGUGGCUAGCCAUCGACUGAAAUGUGAUGCUGUCCCAACUUUAGAUUUAGGAGGAAUAUCUACUACUCCAAGUAUUUUUAUCGGACUUGAGCACAACUAUUGUGUGCCAGGAGUCCAGACAUCUGAUCCAGCAUUGCAUACUACUGAUACUAUUGAUACAGAUUUCUACAAUAUGGAACCUUUGCAAGUGGAUGUCGUACAUUUCUACCCGAGAGAGAACGCGCAGCCACACAACACUAUCAAAUUCGAAGUGAUCAACGAAGAGAAUCCUACAACUACGAUCGUACGACGCGGUCAACCUUUCAAUGGUGUUGUACGUUUCACGCGACCCUUUGAUGAAAAUGAAGACAUCGUACAACUUAUGUUCACACUUGGUGACAAGCCUCAGAUGGACACACAAGGUGCGAUGUUCAUCCAUCGUGAUGCUGUUACAGACAAGCACACGUGGACAGCUAAGCUCCUAGACGUGCAGUCAGACACUGUCUCCUUUGAGGUAUCAACACCAAUUACAGCCCCCGUGGGCUCGUGGGCUCUCCGAGUCGUCACCAGACUUAAGAGCACAUCCACUAGAGCAUUCUAUGACUUUGACCAGGAUAUUUACAUCCUUUUCAAUCCAUGGAAUCCUGAUGACCAAACCUAUAUGGAAGACACUGAUCUUCUGCAAGAGUAUGUGCUUAAUGACGUGGGCAAAGUGUGGGUGGGACCGAUUAAGACCACGCGUGGGAAGCCUUGGUUCUACGGACAGUUUGAUGCCGCGGUACUGCCGGCUUGUAUGUUCAUGCUGGAUAGAGCUGAGAUGCCGUUCCAUCAACGCGGUGACCCAGUAAAGAUGGCGCGUGUGAUAUCUCGUAUCGUGAACUCUAACGACGACGCGGGAGUGCUGGUGGGUCGUUGGGACGGAGAGUACGAGGACGGUACCGCACCUUCCGAGUGGACCGGCUCCGUGGACAUCCUGGCGCAGUACUUGGAGACGCAGCUGGAGGUGCCCUACGGACAGUGUUGGGUCUUCGCUGGAGUUGUUACCACUGUUUGCCGAGCCCUGGGUAUACCUUCUCGUGUUGUCUCCAACCUUGUAUCAGCUCAUGAUGCUAACAGUUCUUUGACUGUCGAUAAAUAUUAUACGGAGACAAUGGAGGAGAUGGAUUACGACCCCAACAACGCUAAUGGAGCUGACUCCAUAUGGAAUUACCAUGUGUGGAACGAUGUUUGGAUGGCGCGACCUGAUUUACCACCAGGUUAUGGUGGAUGGCAAGCGAUAGACGCGACACCACAGGAGACAUCAUCAGGUCUGUACCAGUGCGGUCCCGCGCCGCUGGAGGCCAUCAAACAGGGUGUCAUCGGCCUGGGGUAUGAUGUGGAGUUCAUGCUAGCCUCUGUCAAUGCUGACCUCAUGCGAUGGAGGAAGGACCCUGACGCGGAGACUGGAUUCUCCAUGGUCGACACUAAUAAUUACCACAUCGGUCGUAUGGUCCUGACAAAGAAGCCGUACGUGUUCGAUCCUCUGGGAGAUGAGGACAGGCAGGACAUCACCGGAGAGUACAAGCAUAGAGAGGGCACAGCAUCCGAGAGACUCGCUCUUAUGAAUGGAGUACGUUACUCUGAGAGAGCUAAGAGAUAUUACGCGAUAGCUGGCAACCUCAGUAAUGAUAUCACAUUCAACCUACGAGAUAUAGACACUGUCAACAUCGGACAUGACUUCAGGGUCACUGUCGACAUUGAAAAUACCUGCGGUCAAGGUCGAAACAUAAAAGCAGCUCUGUCCGCUACCAGUGUGUUCUACAAUGGUGUUAAAUCAGAGGUCGUUAAAAAGGUGGAAGGAAAAAUCUUCGUAGGACCAGGAAAACGCGAACAAAUCAGUAUUUUGGUGAAAGCUGACGAAUAUCUGCCCAAGUUGGUGGAGUACUGCAACAUGAAGAUCUCCGCGAUGGCCAUUGUCGACGAGACCAAGCAGUCCUGGGCUGAUGAUGAUGACUUCCAAGUUCUUAAACCUACCAUCAAUAUCAAGUUCAAUGAGGAUCUGAUCAUCAAUCAACCAAGUUUAGCAGUACUAUCAUUUGUGAACCCGCUGGACCGCGCGCUGACCUGCUGCGAGUUCCGCGUCACCUCCUCAGCUCUGGAGGGACGCACCACACGUAUCGCAGCACCUGACACACCUCCACAUGCGGCUGUCACUGCUGAACUGCCUUUUCAACCUAAGAAAUUGGGUACAAUUAAUAUAAUAGCAACAUUCAAAUCUUUGGAACUGAAAGACAUCACCGGAGCUGCGAGUCUUGAAGUAAUGGAAGGAUAGACUUGUAUUGUAUUUAUUAAGACUGACAAGAAUAUGUCUUUAAAAUAUUAUUAUUCAUAUUUUAUAUGUUUUAAGAGAGAUUUUUUUUUAAUUUUAAUUUUAUUUUUGAAGUGAAACUACAUUUUUUUCGCAAAUUUUACGCCAUCUGUAUGGCAACAUUAUAUAAACGGUAGCUUUUGUUGUACGCAAAUAGAUUUAAGCUUGUAAUUUAAACAUUUAUAACUUUAUUAAGAUGCAGAGAUUAAUAUUUUUAUACGAAUAUUUGUUAAUAUAAUUCAAAUAAAUUUAUUAAAGUUU